UGACCGGAGGAUGGCCGAGUCACUAGUAGCUGACCAAACCCUGCAAAAAAGGCGACGGCAGCACAUCAAGAAAUUGAGAGCAGGUCGACAUGAUCCAAUCCACACCGAGCCGCGCUUGCUGAUCCGUGAGCGAAAACAUGUCGGCUUUGCGCCAUUCUCUACCGAUCAUCCUCCUGCAGCUGUACAUCCUCUCCGGCCGACCCGCGGCGGCUAAGGUCCCUGCGCUGUUCGUGUUCGGCGACUCGACGGUCGACACGGGCAACAACAACUACAUCUCCACGCUCAUGAAGAGCGACUUCGCGCCCUACGGCCGGGACCUCUGGCCGGGAAGCGGCGGCGGCAGUACUAGUAGUGGCCAGUCCACCGGCCGGUUCUCCAACGGCCGCCUCGCCGUCGACUUCAUCUCCGAGGCUUUUGGCCUCCCGCCACUCGUGCCGGCAUACCUGGACCCCGACGCCAACAUGAGCAGCCUAGCGACCGGCGCCUGCUUCGCGUCUGCAGGAGCCGGCUACGACAACGCCACAUCUGAUCUGUUUUCCGUUCUGCCACUGUGGAAAGAGCUGGACUACUUCAAGGAGUACGCGGCGAAGCUGAGGACCUUCCAGGGCGACGACAAGGCCCAGGAAACGCUGUCGGAGGCGCUCUACAUCGUCAGCAUGGGCACCAACGACUUCCUGGAGAACUACUACGCGGUGCCGAGCGGCCACGCGGCGCAGUACGCGGCGGCGUCCGACUACGCCGGCUACCUCCUGGGCGUCGCCGAGUCCUUCGCGCGCAAGCUGCACGCGCUGGGUGCGCGCAAGCUGGACCUCAACGGGCUCCCGCCCAUGGGGUGCCUCCCGCUGGAGCGCCACGCGGCCACAGGCGCGUGCACCGAGGAGUACAACGCCGUGGCGCAGGCCUUCAACGCGGGCCUCCGCGACCUGGUGGCUCGCCUGGACGCCGGCCUCGGCGGCGGCGCUAGGGUCGUCUACGGCGACGUGUAUGGCCCCGUGGCUGACGUGCUCGCCGACCCGGCGGCGUACGGGUUCGAGGAUGUCGGAGCCGGGUGCUGCGGCACCACGGGGCGGUUCGAGAUGGGGUACAUGUGCAACGAGGCCAGCCUGCUGACAUGCCCGGACGCCGGCAAGUACGCGUUCUGGGACGCCAUCCAUCCUACGGAGCACCUCCACCGCUUCCUCGCCGACCGCAAGAUGAACACCACGCUCUACGUCUUCCAGUAAAAAUGAUGGAACGCAGGAACAGGGGGGGGGGGGGGGGGGGGGGGGGGGGUUUCAAUUCAUCAAUGGAGCGAUGCGGUUGGUCAACAAUUUGCUGCACGAGGCAACGAAAUUAACCAAAUUCAUGACGUAUACGGUUAUUGCUAGUUGCCUUGAGGUGCAGUUAGGGAUGAAUCCCUUUUUUUGUACUGAUGUUUCUUUUAUCCGAAGUUCGGAAUUCUACCCAAGUUCUUAGGGUAAGAUUAGAGUAAAAGUAUCUCCAAGAGACUAUUUAUUUUUGACUCUCCAUUUUACUUUUUA